AUGACUUCUAUUGGCGAUGCUCUCGUACGCCUCAAAGUGCCACAUGGUGGUUAUCUUUCGGGGCUGAAGAUGUUCUCUCCUGGAGCCAGUUCAGGGCAAUCGAAGAUAUUCGGUCCAGCUUAUACCGUUCGCAUGGUCCCCGAAACAGACAAAACUUCUCCGCGACCGAACCAACAUUUCGCCGACGCAAUUCCUUCCGGCAGCGUUGUGUUUGUAUCGCAGCCAGACGGUUUCAUCAGCGCAUGCUGGGGCGGACUGAUGAGCACACGUGCACAGAAAGCCGCCGCUGCUGGUGUUGUCAUCGAUGGACGGUUUCGAGAUAUUAACGAACACCGAGAGUUGGGAAUUGGGUUGUAUGCGAGAGGGAUGAGUAUCCUUGGUUCGAACAGCUUUACGAGAUCCUCUGAGCUGAACGUACCAGUCGCGUACAAGAUUAAGGAGCUAGGCAACGCUGAAAUACCCGUCCGGCCAGGCGACCUGAUCAUGGGCGAUGCCGACGGCGUUGUAGCGAUUCCUCCAGAGAUGGCAGAGCAAUGUGUCGAGCUAUGCGAGUCGAGGUGGGCUAUUGAUGAAGCCACCAGGGACUGUCUGGAGAAUGGGGAGGACAUCGGACCAACGAUCAAGAAGCUACGGAACUAG